GACGCGGGCCGGGCAGAGCCGAGCGGAGCGCGGAGCCGCCAUGGCUGAAUAUUUACCAGAAAUCACCAAUGACUCAGUUUGUCCUGUAGAUGCCAAGGAAGAACUCUUGGAUGAAUGUGAGAGUAUUUGGAAGCAGAUGGAAGAGUGUCAGAACAAGCUAAUGCUUCUAGGAACGGGAACACUGCUAAAAUCAGAUGUCAAGCUUUCCUUGUUAAUGAUGCGAGUGAAAGCUUUAACAGCGGAAUAUAAUCAAUGGCAAAAAAGAAGUCCUGAAAUAAGUUCUGCCAAUCCAGAUGUACUGUUAGCAUUAGGAAAAGAAGAGUUGCAGAAAGUAAAGAAUGAUCUUCAAAUGAUGCUGUCAACAGUUCAAUCAAAGAAUAAACAACUGGAAGAUGAUCUGAAAAGAGAACAGCAGUGGCAUGAGGAACAGGAGCAGAUACUAGACAUUCUUAAUGGAAUUGAAGAAGAGACAAAAACCCAAGUUGAACAACUUUCCAAAAAAAGUUGGAAUACUAGAGCAUUUAAUGAACUGCAAAAUAAAGUGUUGAAAAUAAAGAUAUAUAAGGAAGAACUCUUGAAUGCUCUGGGUGAAUUCCUAGAAGAACAUUUUCCCCUUCCAGAGAAAGGUGGAAAUGCUAAAAAGAAGAAUUCUUCUGAAGAGCCAGCUGUAGAACUGAUAACGCUGCGUGAAAUUUUAGAGAUUCUUGUACACAAAUUAAUGAGCACACCACAUGAACCCUAUGUAACAAUCAAUGACUCAUUUUGGCCACCUUAUAUUGAGCUGCUGCUGCGAUAUGGAAUUGUCUUGAGACAUCCAGAAGAUCCAAACAGAAUGCGCCUAGAAGCCUUUCACAUGUAGCGUGACCUACAUGUUUACUUUAAAACAAAACAAAGCACCAGUAUUCUUACUUGGGGGCUAAGACAUGUUUUAUGAUAAGCUUUUUUAAUAUCAGCAACCUCUUCUUGCUGGAUGAUUUUAUUUUUUUUUCUUUUUUAAUAAAGCAUAUAUUUGUUCAGAGUGUGAAAUAUGAAAAAAGACAAAAAUUUCUACUGUAACUGCUCACAGUUACAGUUGGCUUUCAGUUUUAUGGCAAGUGAUGCCAAGAUUUGCAUUGUGCAGGGUUUUUUCAGCUGCUUUAAGGUGCAAAUUCAGGUAAUAGACAAAGUAAAUAUGUUUAACAGUCUUUUUUACUUUAAAAAUCAUACUUUAUACAUGACUCUUCUCUUCUAUGUUAAUUUCUUAGAUUGCUUUAGCUCUUCUCAAUUUCCUUUAGUAUUUUGUUGUACUCUGUAGAGGCAAAAUUUGAAAUAACUCAGCUCCUCCUGUACGUGACCUUGCAAACAUUUGGAACUAACAGUGAAGUAUCAUGUCAAGAAUGUGUUUUCGUUUGUUUGUUGGGGGUUUUUUUCCAGAGUCUUUGAAAACAAGUUUAUUGGCUUUAAGAUAAACACUUAGGAAAGCUGACACAUCUUUCUGUGCAAAGGGCUGCAGAUGUUGAGUGUGCAACUCUACAACUGCAUGCUUCCUAAACAGCCCAUAUUGUGUUAUGCUAUAUCACUUAACAGUAUCUGUCUUCACUUUUUCAGAUCUAAUUUAUCAAGGCUUAUAACAGAUUUCUGUUCUGUUGAUUUCUACAGUUUCAAGUUAUGCCAAUUGACAGUUACCUUCUGAAUAAAUGCUGGCA